CGCGGGCCGUGGGGGAUGGGAGCGGCGAGCUCCAGCCCUCGGCGGCGGCGGCGGCGGCGGCGGCGGCGGCGGCCGUGAGUGUCGGGCGGGCGUCCGCGUCCGGGACGCGGGAUGGAGCGCCGCGGAGUUCCGUUUUUUUGACUGUUAUAUGAAAGGAUGAUUGCUCACAAACAGAAAAAGACAAAGAAAAAACGUGUCUUGUCAACAGGCCAGCUCUCUACUGAUGUUACAACUUCUGAAAUGGGGCUCAAGUCCAUAAAUUCCAACUCCAUUUUGGAUCCUGAUUACAUCAAGGAGUUGGUGAAUGAUAUCAGGAAGUUCUCCCAUGUGUUACUAUAUUUGAAAGAAGCUAUUCUUUCAGACUGUUUUAAAGAAGUCAUUCAUGUACGUCUGGACGAACUUCUUCGUGUUUUAAAGUCUGUAAUGAAUAAACAUCAGAACCUCAAUUCUGUUGACCUUCAAAAUGCUGCAGAAAUGCUUGCUGCAAAAGUGAAAGCUGUGAACUUCACAGAAGUAAAUGAAGAAAACAAAAAUGAUCUCUUCAGAGAAGUGUUUUCUUCCAUUGAAACCUUGGCCUUUACCUUUGGAAAUAUCCUGACAAACUUCCUCAUGGGAGAUGUAGGCAAUGAUUCAUUAUUGCGACUGCCUGUUUCCCGGGAAAGUAAGUCUUUUGAAAAUGUUUCUGUGGAAUCAGUGGACUCAUCCAGUGAAAAAGGAAGUUUUUCUCCUAUAGAAUUAGACAGCAUGCUGUUAAAGAACACUAACUCUAUAGAAUUGGCUUUGUCAUAUGCUAAAACAUGGUUAAAAUAUACCAAGAACAUAGUUUCAUGGGUUGAAAAGAAGCUGAGCUUGGAAUUGGAGUCCACUAGAAAUAUUGUCAAGUUGGCAGAGGCAACUAGAACUAACAUUGGACUACAGGAGUUUAUGCCACUGCAGUCUUUAUUUACCAAUGCUCUUCUUAAUGAUAUAGAGAGCAGUCACCUUUUACAACAAACAAUUGCAGCUCUCCAAGCCAACAAAUUUGUGCAGCCUCUACUUGGGAGGAAAAAUGAAAUGGAAAAACAAAGGAAAGAAAUAAAAGAACUUUGGAAACAGGAACAAAAUAAAAUGCUUGAAACAGAGACUGCUCUUAAAAAGGCAAAAUUGUUGUGCAUGCAACGUCAAGAUGAAUAUGAAAAAGCAAAAUCUUCCAUGUUUCGUGCAGAAGAGGAGCAUCUGUGCUCAAGUGGUGGAUUAGUAAAAAAUCUCAACAGGCAGCUAGAAAAAAAGCGAAGACUGGAAGAAGAGGCUCUUCAAAAAGUAGAAGAAGCAAAUGAACUCUACAAAGUUUGUGUGACAAAUGUUGAAGAAAGACGAAAUGAUCUAGAAAAUACCAAAAGAGAAAUUUUAACACAACUCCGGAAACUCGUUUUCCAGUGUGAUCUUACCCUUAAAGCUGUAACGGUUAACCUCUUCCAGAUGCAACACCUGCAGGCUGCCUCCCUCGCGAACAAUUUACAGUCUCUCUGUGAUGGUGCCAAACUCUAUGACCCAGGCCAGGAGUACAGUGAGUUUGUCAGGGCCACGAAUUCAGCUGAGGAAGAAAAAGUUGAUGGGAAUGUAAAUAAACAGUUAACAAAUACCCCUCACACUCCUGGAUAUGGACCUUCCGACUCUUUAGAAGAUGUUGUGCGCCUUCCUGACAACUCUAAUAAGAUUGAAGAGGACAGAUGCUCUAACAGUGCAGACAUAUCAGGUCCUUCUUUUAUAAGGUCAUGGACAUUUGGGAUGUUUAGUGAUUCUGAGAGCACUGGAGGAAGCAGUGAAUCUAGAUCUCUGGAUUCUGAAUCUAUAAGUCCAGGAGACUUUCACCGAAAACUUCCACGAACUCCAUCCAGUGGAACCAUGUCUUCUGCAGAUGAUCUGGAUGAAAGAGAGCCACCUUCCCCUUCAGAAGCUGGACCCAAUUCCCUCGGAACAUUUAAGAAAACUUUGAUGUCAAAGGCAGCUCUCACUCACAAGUUUCGCAAACUGAGAUCCCCCACAAAGUGCAGGGACUGUGAAGGCAUUGUGGUAUUCCAGGGUGUUGAAUGCGAAGAGUGUCUCCUUGUUUGUCACCGAAAGUGUUUGGAAAAUUUAGUCAUCAUCUGUGGUCAUCAGAAACUUCUGGGGAAAAUACACUUAUUUGGAGCAGAAUUCACACAAGUUGCAAAAAAGGAACCAGAUGGCAUCCCUUUUGUACUCAAAAUAUGUGCCUCAGAGAUUGAAAAUAGAGCCUUGUGUCUACAGGGAAUUUAUCGUGUAUGUGGAAACAAAAUAAAAACUGAAAAACUGUGUCAAGCAUUGGAAAAUGGAAUGCACUUGGUGGACAUUUCAGAAUUUAGUUCACAUGACAUCUGUGAUGUCUUGAAAUUAUACCUUCGACAGCUACCAGAACCAUUUAUUUUAUUCCGAUUGUACAAGGAAUUUAUAGACCUUGCAAUAGAGAUCCAACAUGUAAAUGAAGAACAAGAGAUGAAAAAGGAUAAUCCUGAGGACAAAAAAUGUCCAAGUACGUGCAUAGAAAUAAACCGAAUUCUUCUAAAAAGCAAGGAUCUUCUAAGACAAUUGCCAGCAUCAAAUUUUAACAGCCUUCAUUACCUCAUAGUUCAUCUUAAGCGAGUCGUAGAUCAUGCAGAAGAAAACAAAAUGAACUCCAGAAACUUGGGGGUGAUAUUUGGACCAAGUCUCAUUAGGCCAAGACCCACAGCUGCUCCUAUCACCAUCUCCUCUCUUGCUGACUAUUCAAAUCAAGCGAGGUUGGUGGAGUUCCUCAUUACCUACUCACAGAAGAUCUUCGAUGGGUCCCUACAGCCACAAGAUAUAGCUGUGUGUAGUGCAGGUGGUGGUGCACCUCAGGUUGACCAAGGCUAUCUUCCGAAGCCUCUGUUAUCACCAGAAGAAAGAGAUCCAGAACAUUCUACGAAGUCACUGUUUUUCUCUUCAAAGGAAGAUAUCCAUACUGCAGAUAGUGAAAGCAAAAGUUUUGAAUCCACUGCAUCAUUUGAGGAAUCAGAACGGAAGCAAAAUGCAUUCGAAAAAUGUGAUGCAUGUCUCAUUGACAACAAAGUGCGUUUGCUUGUAGACCAAGAGCUUGAAUCAGCAUCACAAAAGAUGGAAGAUGUUUGUAAAACCUCCAAGCUGCCUACUCUGAAGUCCGAUAGGGAAAUAAAUGGUGUCGAGAGGCAUACUCCAAGGACCAAGAUUAGACCUGUAAGUUUGCCUGUAGACAGACUACUACUUCUUGCAAGCUCUCCUAAUGAGAGAACUGGCAGAAAUAUGGGGAAUGUAAAUUCAGACAAGUUUUGCAAGAAUCCUACCUUUGAAGGAGUUAAUAGAAAAGACACCCCAACUAUUGUUUGUUCCAAAUUUGAUGGCUUUGAUCAGCAACCUCUACAGAAAACUCGGGAGAAACAGUAUGAACAAAAUGACCUGACUGCAAAGACUGCAGUGAUUGUGCCCAGUGCAUUCCAGGAAAGAGAAGUGUCAGUGAACAUCAGGAGUGGUGGGGACCACCCAGUCAGCACCACCAGCAAGCCAUACACAGAACCCAUCAGGUCAGCCAGACAGGUGUCAGAGAGACGGUCUUCUGACUCCUGCCCUCCUGCUCCUGUCAGAGCACCCAGAACACUGCAGCCCCAGCACUGGACCACGUUUUAUAAACCACCUGCUCCUGCUGCUAGUGGGAGAGGGGAUGAGGAGAAAUCUGUGACAUCCUCCGCAGCUGUGCCCCCUUGCACAACUCACGCUCCCCAGGAGCACGUGCUGAAAUCAGUUCCAGGUUCUGAAAAUGCAUCAGCUGGUCCCGUGCAGCCGGUUAGCAAGCCUAAAGAGAAGGCUGAAGAGCGUGACUUACCUGGUGUACAUCCAGCAUGUCAGAGACCGAGGCUGAAACGAAUGCAGCAGUUUGAAGACCUUGAAGAUGAAAUCCCACAGUUUGUGUAGGGUUGUCAGAAUUCAGUUUUUCUUUUUUUGUUUUGUUGUUUUGUGGUGUUGUAUUUGUUUUCUGGAAGAAAUUUUUGACAGGGCCUCUCUUGUAUAGGAUUGCCAAAUCAUGGAUUUUGUUUUUUGUCAUUGUGUUGUGUUAUCCUGUGUUGGUUGUAUUGAAUGACAGAAUGUUUUGAUAGGGCCCCAUCUGUGCCUCACUGGAAUUAUAUGUAUUUUUGAAGUUGUGAAUAAAUAGAUAGACUCAUGUUUUUUAAAGUUCAGUUGAUUCCCCAUAAUAUGGUCCAUUUACGUGCAUCCCUAAUAUAUGAUAUAGCUCUCAACUAAUAGGUGCAAUUGAGGAAAUCAGCUUUAUUUUUUUGACGUGAAACUACAUGCUUAUUUAUAAAAGGAAUGUUUCUGAGUGCAAGUGCCUGAAAGAUCUUUGUUUGGUAUGAUUGUUUUUUCACACAAUUUUAUAGUGUAUCUUUGACCAUUUGUGCUUUUAUGGUAUGUGUGUAACCUUGUAUUUUUCAAUUGGCGAGUCACUUAACUUUUUCAUAUUUGCGUAAUGGCCAAAAGGCUUGCAAAUCUGUAUUUAAUUGCAUUUUAAUUAAUUGCCAGAUUUUACACGUGAGAGGCAGUUGAAUUGUACAAAGAAAAUGCACUUAAACAUGUUUCCAAAUUGUAUAGUUCAGUCAUGUCUUAUUUGGUUUUAGCUAUUAUACAUUUAGUAAUUUUCACUUCUCGGCUUUGUUCUGCAUAAACUUUUGUUGUUCAACAGCUCUGAACCUUUUGGUAUUUUAUAUAAUAGUCCAAAACAGUGUUUUAAAAUUCAGUGCCUUUCCUUUUAAUAUUGUCUGGGAUUUUCUUAAAAAAAAAAACCCUUUCUUUUGUAUGAAGUGUUUUCACUUAUGAAUAAUUUUAUGUACUUUUUCUACCUGAGUUUAUAACCAUUGACAAUGUAUGUUUCAUCUGAAUCAUACAAAGAUUUAUUUAAGUUGAUUCUAAGUAUAAUUCAAUAAGCCUCAUUGUUUGGAAUUUGAGAGGAGGUAUAGAUGAUUGGAUAUAUUUCAUUUAUAAAAUUCCCAGUUUUUGGAACUAGUAUAGUUCUGUUAUUUUCUUGGUUUUGUCAUUUUGCGUAAAAUAGGAUAUAAAAGGGACAAAAAAAUAAAAUAGCCUCUUUUUA